AAGAAACUAGUAUCAGCAGUGUUUGGAUUAUUAAACAAAUGUUAUCUCAGUGCUAAAAUGUCGCACAAAAUCAUUAGUUUGACAGUCAGGGAUGUGAGAUUCCCGACGUCUUUGGAGCAACACGGCUCAGAUGCGAUGCACACUGACCCGGAUUAUUCGGCCGCAUAUGUGUCAAUCGACACGGACUGCGGGUUGAAGGGCUACGGCCUCACAUUCACUCUGGGAAAAGGGACGGAGAUUGUGGUGUGUGCCGUGGAGGCCCUGACGGGACUGGUUGUUGGGAAAUCCUUGGAGGAGAUCGUGAGCGACUUCCGUGGAUUUUACCGCCUCCUGACCAGUGAUGGCCAGAUGAGAUGGUUAGGCCCAGAGAAAGGAGUGAUCCACCUGGCCACUGCCGCAGUCCUGAAUGCUGUGUGGGACCUGUGGGCGAGAGCUGAGGGCAAGCCGCUGUGGAAGCUGCUUGUUGACAUGGAUCCCAAGCAGAUCGUCUCGUGCAUUGACUUCAGAUACAUCACCGAUGUGCUCACAGAGGAGGAGGCUCUAGACAUACUUGUGAAAGCACAGGAGGGCAAGCAACAGAGAGAGCAUCAAAUGCGGAAAGAGGGUUAUCCUGCCUACACCACCUCCUGCGCAUGGAUCGGCUACUCAGACCAGCAGCUCAAACAGCUCUGCACAGAUGCACUCAACAGCGGCUGGACCAAGUUCAAGGUGAAAGUCGGCGCGGAUCUUCAGGAUGACAUACGCAGGUGCCGCCUCAUAAGGCAGAUGAUUGGACCAAAUAACGCUUUGAUGAUCGAUGCCAAUCAGAGAUGGGACGUACCCGAGGCCAUCAGCUGGGUGUCCAGCCUGGCUGAGUUCAGACCGCUGUGGAUCGAGGAGCCCACGUCUCCAGAUGACAUCCUGGGUCACGCUGCGAUCUCCAAGGCUCUGGCUCCACUCGGGAUUGGAGUGGCAACAGGAGAGCAGUGUCAUAACAGAGUCAUGUUCAAGCAGUUCCUCCAGGCCUCGGCCCUGCAGUUUGUCCAAAUAGACAGCUGUCGGCUGGGCAGCGUCAACGAGAACCUGGCUGUGCUGCUGAUGGCCCACAAGUUCCAGGUGCCAGUUUGUCCUCAUGCUGGAGGAGUCGGUCUCUGUGAGCUCGUCCAGCAUCUGAUCCUGUUUGACUACAUCUGUGUCUCUGGAAGUCUCAGCGACCGAAUGUGUGAAUAUGUAGAUCACCUGCAUGAACACUUCGCCAGUCCUGCGGUGAUUCAUGACGCCCACUACAUGCCCCCCAAGGACCCAGGAUAUUCUUGUGAGAUGCUGGAGUCAUCAGUGCAGAGACACCAGUACCCUGAAGGACCUGUAUGGAGGCUGCACAUAAACAAAUGACUUCAACACUAAGGCUGUUAGAUUUGUGAUUAGACUUGUUUAAGUCGAGUGACUAAUUAGCUUUAAACAUUUCAAACUACUAGAGAAGAAGUGCAGCACACACUGCUGAGUUCAGGCCUUUGUAAUAUUAAAUUGUGUUUUGCUGCUAGGCCCCUGUUGGGUAAAUAAUUCUGAACAAGCUGCCACAAACGUUAAGUCUUUAUUUACAAAUUAGAUAUUAGGAAUAUUUAAAAUAUGGAAAAUGAAACACAUCUAAAUGGCAUUUGCUUCAAGCAACCAAAACAUCUCUUUUGUAGUAAUCAAACUUCACACCAACAGUACGUUUCUGUCAGAACUUAAUGAGGUUUAAAGCGUUUUUGUGAUUUGGAUGAACUGAACCAUUAAAAUCUCUCUCUCUC